GCGGAGUCGACUGUUGGGCGUGCGGGCGGAGCGGUUCGCGGCCGGAGAGCGAGCGGCCGGGCAUUAUUUCAAGGAGAACUAUGGUAGCUUCCAGCAUUCCCUGAACCAUGGAUCUGCUGGCAUAGUGAGCUAUGCUCCUGGUCUCGGAAGCACUUUGAGAUGUACAGAGCGGGGGACCUGGGGGAGCGGCCGCUGCUCGGGACGGCGCCCCCCCGGAUGCGGAGCGUGGAGGUGGCCAGAGGAAGGGCGGGGUACGGAUUCGCGCUUUCCGGGCAGGCGCCCUGUGUGCUCAGCUGUGUCAUGAGAGGCAGCCCUGCGGAUUUUGUGGGCCUCCGUGCUGGCGACCAGAUACUUGCUGUCAACGAGAUCAACGUGAAGAAAGCGUCCCAUGAAGACGUGGUGAAGUUAAUUGGGAAAUGUUCUGGUGUCCUGCACAUGGUGAUCGGUGAAGGCAUCGGCCACCUGGAGUCCUGCUCCAGUGAUGAAGAGGUUGGAUUUUAUGAAGGAAAAGGCUGGCUGAAGCCCAAACUCGACUCUAAGGCAUUAGGUAUAAACAGAGCAGAGAGAGUCGUUGAGGAAAUGCAGUCUGGAGGGAUUUUCAACAUGAUCUUUGAAAACCCUGGUCUUCGAGCAAGCAGUUCAGAGCCCUUGAAGUUGAAACAAAGAUCCCUUUCAGAAUCAGCCACUGGGCGAUUUGACCUUGGCCAUGAAAGUGUAAAUAAUCCAAAUAGCAGCCUGCUUUCUAAGGAGGAGAUACCGAAAGUUGUGAACGAUGAUUCUGUUUUCAGCGUUGGGCUGGAGACUCAUGAAGACUUCGGGGUGGACGCAAGCAUUUUGAACGUGGCCAUGGUUGUGGGCUACUUGGGCUCCAUCGAGCUGCCGUCCACCAGCUGCAGCCUGGAAUCGGACAGCGUGCAGGCCAUCCGGGGCUGCCUGCGGCGCCUGCGGGCCGAGCAGAAGAUCCACUCGCUGGUGACCAUGCAGAUCAUGCACGACUGCGUGCAGCUCUGCACGGACAAGGCCGCUGUCCUGGCCCGAUACCCGGCCGAGAGGCUGGCGUUCAGCGCCGUGUGCCCAGACGACAGGAGGUUUUUUGGGCUGGUGACCAUGCAGGCGGCCGAUGACGGGAGCCUGGCGCAGGAGGAGGAGGGCGUUUUGCGGACGUCCUGCCACGUGUUCAUGGUGGACCCGGACCUGUUCAGUCACAAGAUCCACCAGGGCAUCGCCCGGCGCUUCGGGUUUGAGUGCACGGCCGACCCCGACACCAACGGCUGCCUGGAGUUCCCCGCGUCCUCGCUCCCAGUCCUGCAGUUCGUCUCCGUGCUGUACCGGGACAUGGGCGAGCUGAUCGAGGGCGUGCGGGCCCGGGCCUUUGCGGACGGGGACGCGGACGCUCACCAGAACACCAGCACCAGCAGCAACAGCGACAGCGGCAUCGGGAACUUCGCCCACGAGGACAGAAGCAGCCGAGUGCUCGUGGUGGACCUGGGCGCCGGCUCGAGCAGGCACGGCCCCGGCGGCAGCGCCUGGGAGGGUGUGGUCGGGAGGGGCUCCCAGCCCUGGGGCGCCCCCUGGAACGGGGCCUUCGGCCACGACCCCGAGGGGGCCCCGUUUGAGGCCGCUCCGCAGGCCGACAGGUGCCGGGACCUCGGUAAGCACCUGGGGCCCGCUCCUCACGUGGAAGGCCCCCCGGCCUCCUUGCGGUGCUCGGUCCCUCCUUCCAAGAGGGGCGCUGCGGGCCCCGGUGGUGGCUUCGGCCAGCGGUGGCUCCCGGUCCACGUCCUGCAGGAGUGGCAGUGCGGGCACACCAGCGACCAGGAGUCUUACACGGACUCCACCGACGGCUGGUCCAGCAUCAACUGCGGCACGCUGCCCCCUCCCAUGAGCAAGAUUCCCGCUGACCGCUACCGGGUGGAGGGCAGCCCCGCGCAGCCCCCGCCCAGCACCCAGAAGAGGGACUGGGCCAGGAAGGCUCUCGGGAUGCAGACCAUUUUCGGCCCCCAUCGAAGUGUUAGGAAGACUAAGGAAGACAAAAAGGGCUCAAAGUUUGGGCGGGGCAUUGGACUCCUGCCACCGGCUCAGCGUACCUCCACCCGGAGAUCUUUCGGGAGGUCCAGGAGGCUGAGCCUCACCCGCUCCCUCGAUGAUCUUGAGUCUGCAACUGUGUCUGAUGGUGAGCUGAACGGCGCCGACCUGAAGGACUGCGUGAGCAACCACAGCCUGAGCAGCAAUGCCAGCCUCCCCAGCGUGCAGAGCUGCCGGCGCCUGCGUGAGCGGAGGGUUGCCAGCUGGGCCGUGUCCUUCGAGCGGCUUCUGCAGGACCCGCUCGGAGUUCGCUACUUUUCCGAUUUUCUAAGGAAGGAAUUCAGUGAAGAAAACAUUUUAUUCUGGCAGGCCUGUGAAUAUUUUAAUCAUGUUCCCGCACACGACAAAAAAGAGCUCUCCUACAGGGCCCGCGAGAUCUUCAGUAAGUUCCUGAGCAGCAAAGCCACCACGCCGGUCAACAUCGACAGCCAGGCCCAGCUGGCAGACGACAUCCUCAGCGCCCCGCACCCCGACAUGUUCAAGGAGCAGCAGCUCCAGAUCUUCAACCUGAUGAAGUUCGACAGCUACACUCGCUUUCUGAAAUCCCCGUUGUACCAAGAGUGCAUCCUGGCGGAGGUGGAGGGCCGCCCGCUGCCCGACGGGCAGCAGGUCCCCAGCAGCCCCACAUCCAAGCACAGCGUCAGCUCCGACCACUCCAACACGUCCACACCAAAGAAGUUGAGUGGAAUAUCGAAAUCAGGACGGUCCCUGAAUGAAGAGUUGGGGGACGAGGACAGCGAGAAGAAACGAAAAGGAGCGUUUUUCUCUUGGUCAAGGACCAGGAGCACCGGGCGGUCCCAGAAGAAGAAGGACCAAGGCGACCGUCCAAACGGUUGCCAUCCUAGAUCUUCUCUGCCUUGGUUUCUUUCUUGGAUGUGGCUGAGAAGACAGUACCCCCUGCACGCCAACGGAGGCCUGGGCCGCCGGGAGUCGCAGGGCUCCAUGUCCUCGGCCGGGAGCCUGGACCUGCCAGAGGCCUGCAGGACCCUGGCGCCCGAGAAGGACAAAGCCGCCAAGCACUGCAGCAUCCAGCUCCCCGACGGGACGGCCUGCGUGGUGCUCGUCAGGGCGGGGCUCUCCAUCAAGGAAGUCCUGGCCGGGCUCUGCGAGCGACAUGGCAUCAACGGGGCUGCCGUGGACCUCUUCCUGGUGGGCGGGGACAAGCCUCUGGUGCUGCAUCAGGACAGUAGCAUCUUGGAGUCUAGGGACCUGCGCCUAGAAAAACGCACUUUAUUUCGGCUGGAUCUGGUGCCGAUUAACCGGUCUGUGGGACUCAAGGCCAAGCCCAGCAAGCCAGUCACGGAGGUGCUGCGGCCCGUGGCGGCCAAGUAUGGCCUGCGCCUGAGCGAGAUGGUGGCCCGGCUGAGUGGAGAGAAGGAGCCCCUGGACCUCGGAGCCCCCAUCUCGAGUCUGGACGGACAGCGGGUCAUCUUGGAGGAGAAGGACCCCUCCCGAGGGAAAGCGUCCACAGAUAAACAGAAAAGUGUGCCCAUCAAACAGAGCGCAGCUGUAAAUGCCAGCUCCAGAAAUCACUCGGCUACGGGAGAGGAAAGAACGCUAGGCAAGUCUAAUUCUAUUAAAAUUAAAGGAGAAAAUGGAGAGAAUGCUAGGGAUCCCCGGCUUUCAAAGAGAGAAGACUCUAUUGCAAAGACUGGGGAAAAAAAAUAUCAGAGAAUUAAUUUGGACGAAGCAGAGGAGUUUUUUGAGCUCAUUUCCAAAGCGCAGAGCAACAGGGCAGACGACCAGCGCGGGCUGCUGAGGAAGGAGGACCUGGUGCUGCCCGAGUUCCUGCGCCUGCCGCCUGGCCCCCCGGGGCUCGCCCUCUCCCCGUCGGCCGCCCCCAAGGCCGUCUGCACGAGACCCGCGACAGGCCACGGCGAGGAGAGCGCUGCCCGGCCCUGCGAGAGCCCGGCCACCAGCCCUGGCUCGGCCGACAGCCCGCCUCUCUGCGCCCCCGGGACCCCCAGCCCCCCGGCGCAGGCGGUGGAGGCCAGGGGCGUCCAGACCGUGGAGGGCGAGCGCGGGGCCGACCUGACGCUCACGGGGGAGGGGCACAUCAGCAGCCCGAGCAGCACGUUCCUGCCGCCGCCCCCCGCCCCGCCGGGCUCGGCCGCGCCUCCGAGACCAGGAGGUGGGGCCCGAGGCAGCCGAGGCCUCCCAGUCAGCACGAUCGUCGACGUGGACCGUGUGGCUGGCUCAGCACCUGGGCUGGGCAGCAGCGUCCCGGGGGUGUGGACGGGCCCCCGGAGGUCACGGGCCAGCGGGACCCCGACAUCAGACCGCCCCGGCCUGAGCCCCGUCCUGGGGGGACCCACCAAGCCCAAGGCCGGCCCACACCACGCCACCUUCGUCUGAGGCUGCCGCCCGCGGACCCGACCCUGCCCGCCGUCCCUCCCUCCCGACCCGGCGUCCGAGCCGCCUGCCUGGACACACACAUGGAGAGCAAAGAUCCCGAAGGGGCAGCCCAAGCCUAUCUCGAGGGCCUCGGACGGGCCUCCUCAGCCACUCCUGGGGGCCGAACCAGCAGAGGGCGGGGAGGGUCCUGGCCCCGGACACUCACCAGCGUUGGCUCAGGGCUCCCCGGCCCCCGCCCCAGCUCCCGCUCGGCAUCCAGCCUUCCCGCAAUAAAGCG